UCAAGGUUCACUGACGAUUCGUUGUUCCUCCCAACUACAGGCCGCUGGCUCUGGAACGAGCCCCCAAAAUUACAACAACAUACCAUAAGAUUCGAUGUGAAAGCUCUGAAGCUUGUGGUCGCAAAGACGGCCGGAUUGGAAGGACAAUCUGGUAGAGUUAAAGUCAAAAAGCUUGCCGAAGGAGCCUCAAACAAAGUGACGACUGCUACAGUUGGUCGGCGGCGGUUUGUCGUCAAGGUUCCUGAUCCUCUCGUUCCACGACGCUUAGUUACGGCAAGUGAGGUAGCAACCCUGGAGUUUGUAAGAGCUGAGUUGAAUCUGCCGGUUCCAAAAGUAUUGGCUUGGAGCGACAGCAAUGACAACACAGUUGGAUGUGAAUAAAUGAUUCUAGAAGAAGCUGUGGGAGCAGAUCUCAAAACCACAUGGCCCCGCCUAAGCGUCAAGCAGAGAAUAGGCGUUGUGGAUCAAAUUAUUACGAUCCAAGAGCGUCUUCUUGAAGCCAGCAAACGCUUUCAGGUUUACGGCAGUCUCUACUUCACCGAGGACGGUGCGAAAUUCAAUUUUCGCCGGCAGAUUGAAGUCUCAACAGCAAGUUCUUCGAAAUUCAUUAUAGGCCCGUUGGCACACAGACAUUUCAUGGAAACAGUACUGUGGGAAUCGGACCUCGACUCCGGUCCUUGGCAUACUCCAAACGACUAUAUCGAUUCUCUCGCACGUUCAUCUCUAUUGCAAAUUAGAAGUCGCGCCCACAAAGAGACAGCUAUUAUCACCAGCCGACCAUUUUCUUUUCCAGUUAAGCCGGUUAGCGACCUGUCAAACGCAGCUGUAUGCCAAAUGCUGCAACUGGUUCGCACAGUCACGCCACACAUCGUUCCUCUGUCCCCUGAUCACUGUCUGCCGCUGCUAUGGCACCGAGACCUUCAUGAUGGGAAUAUUUUUGUUUCCGACGAAGGAAAAGUGACCAGUAUCAUUGAUUGGCAAGAUGCGAAUAUCUUGCCUUUGUUUCUCACGAUACGAAAACCGCAGUUUUUGGAU